CGCUGUCAUGUCUUGGUUGGGUUUAUUUGAUUGUAUUGAUUUCUGCGUUGCUUUUUGCGUCGGAUGUUUAUAGGGCUGACGAACGCAAUAUAAUUUAAUAAACUGUAUAAAUAAUUCAACAAUGACGGAAACGAAAGAAAAUGUGUUCUUAUUUGUGCCCAAUAUAAUUGGAUUCGGAAGAGUUAUUCUGGCUAUCAUCUCAUUUUAUUAUAUGCCGACGCAUUGUGUCCUAGCCUGCACUUGUUAUAUUACAUCAGCCCUUCUGGAUGCUAUUGAUGGACAUGCAGCCAGAUAUUUCAAUCAGAGUACCAAGUUUGGGAGCAUGUUGGAUCAGCUCACUGACCGCGCUGGCACAGCAUGUCUCAUGAUGACCCUGGCUACCUUCUAUCCCAAGUAUACCUUCUGGCUGCAAAUCUCUAUGGCCGUGGAUAUUACCUGCCAUUGGCUUUAUUUCCACACUGUCACUCUCCAAGGAAAAACCUCUCAUAAAUUCAUUGACAUGUCGGAGAACCCAAUCAUGCAUGUGUACUACACCAACAAGACUGUUCUGUUCUUUAUGUGUGCAGGCAAUGAGGCUUUCUAUGCAGCUUUGUAUGUCAUGAAUUUCUAUACAGGACCAUUAGUUCUCGGGGUAGGUUUAUGGAAGUUGAUAGCAUUUUUGUGCAUGCCAGUGGCGGUCGUCAAGGCUCUUAUAUCUGUUAUCCACGGGAUUGUGGCCUCCAUGAAUUUGGCAACCAUUGAUUUGAAGGAGCGAGCUGCACUUGCUGAGAAACAGAAGAAUUAAAUAUAAUGAAAGACCAAAAAUGAAAACAAAUUCCAGUAGAUUUUCUAGCUCAUAUUGUUCAAUUUUUUUGGCAAUACAUUAAAGGUUGAAUCUGAUUUGAUUACUGGAACUACCAGUUAAUUUGACAAAGUAUUUUUGUAUCUAACAGCCAUAUGAAUGAUUCUUGUGAUUUAAGUUGGCAACAGUUAUUUUAGUUAGUGAUUGUGCCCGCAGUUUUUAGCACUUCACAUUUGAUUCACACCCUAUCAAAAUAUCCAAAUUAGCUAAAAUAAAACUAAUUUGGAUUUUUAAUUUAAGUAAAAAAAGAGAUAAUUUAUGGGAGACCAAAGUACCAAACAAGAAUAUAAAUAUUUAUUAAGUAAAGUUAUUCAAUGUCAGUUUUUUGUGUGUUAAAAUUACUUGGUAAAUGGACGUCAAAUACCUAUAAGUUAAGAAUUAACUUUUUUUAUAGCAGUAGAUUUUUUUAGGUUAAUUAAUAUUAUUCAUAGUUUGUUGAUUAAUAUCAACAAUCAGCAUCAAUAAUAACAAAAAAAAUUAAACCUAAAAUACAAUAUUCAUCUAUAAUUAUAUACAAUAUUAUAAUAGAAAUCUAAGAGAUCUAAUAAGCAUUUGUCAACAGUUGAAGACAUUUUACUUGAAUCUGUUAAACAAGUUUUGUCUUCCUGAAUGUGUUGUACCUUGUGUUGUAUUUUUCGUUCCUCGUAAUUAAUACUUAAUCAUUCUUUUCAUUGGAAUCUAAUUAUAAUAAAAUGUUUAUGGAUAUAAUUAUAUAUGUAUGUUCAACUCACUCAUAGUACAUAAUAAUUAUGUGGUUUAUUAGAUUAGAUUGUUACAUUAUGUAACAUAAUUAUUGUUUACUUAAUGUUGUUAAAUUUACUAUUUGUUGUCUGUAAUUAUCACAAAAAAUAAUUACUAGUCUUAGAUCGUAAGAAAACAUUAAAAACUAUCAAUCUAUACUAUGAUUAUAAUUGGUAAGCGUUUGUGAGUUUGUAUGUUUGAGGUAAUCUUCGAAACUACCGAACCGAAUUUAAACAUUCUUUCACCAUUGUAAAGGUGCAUUAUCCAAGAUGGUAUGGGCUAAAUUUUAUCUCAAAAUUCUCACGGGAGCGACGCCCCGGGCAACAUCUAGUGCUAGGUAAAGUAAUAAUUACGUAUUGAUAAAAUAAAUUCUUAUAUAUUGUUUUAAAUCGCAUGCAUGUGACAUGACGAUGAGAAAUAUAAACCUCAUGCUAGAAAAAAUAUAAAAUUUCUGAAAAUGAAAUUUAUUUUUUAACAAUUUUUGUUUCCUAAGUUACGUACGGUACGUUCCGUAAAAUCAUUCGCAUACAAUAUAGCUUGGGGCAUGGGGAUACUUUGCGCAUUUCUUAUAUAAAACAUUCCUACUUGUUGCUUGAUACAAAAUGGAAUUACAAAAUAUGAUACCUACUCGUCAAUAUUGUCACGAAUUUCGGACCCAUUUAUUUUUUUAUUUAAUAAAACGUAAGAGCAAAUCAGGGGUCCUAUAUUAUAUUAAUAUAAAGCGUCAUUUUUUUUUAUAAUAAAUGUGUUGGUGAAUAAAAAAACUAA